UGCCGUGGAGACAAGAACAGCAGAGUUGCCAGAUUCACCCAUCUCCAAACGUGCCAGCAAAGCCACGAGUCCCAGUGUGCUUUGGGGUCCAGAAGAGAGAGCUAACUCACUCUGCCGUGCGGGGUCAACUUUUACCUUGAAAGCAGAAGCAAGGUAUGAAAAAUAUGCAGGUCUCGGUGGCGAUUAGCUGUGUGGUGGCAGUAGUCUUGCUGGCAGCUGUUCCGGCUGCCGCUCUCAAGUGUUUCCGGUGCUCCAGCAACUGCGACGCGUCGCCUGGUACCCCAAUGGAGUGCUCAGGGGGAUACGACACGUGUCUGUACUACAAUUUCCCUGGGCUGUCUGAAAGGGCCUGCUGGCAGAAGAAAAACUGUGACAUUAAGGCCAUCAUCGACCGGCUCAAUCCUCACGAGUGGAGCAGAAUAAAUGCGACUUUGAAACUCACGCCCACCAACAAAGACCAAGUGGCCGGUCAGCACAUGAGCUGCUGCGACACAGACCUCUGCAACCCCGCCGCCACGGCCGCGGCCCAGCCCCUCCUCGCGAUUCUCCUGCCACUCGGCCUGUACACCCUGCUGGCGUAGGGCGUGGCCUUCUGAUCUUUCCUGCAGCGACCCAGUUGUCCCAUUUGACUGAAUACUAAGAGUUGUUUACGCUCCACUUUCUGGUGUUUAGUUAUUUGUUUGUGGAGAGGUUUUGAUUAAAACAUUAGGCCACAUCGACCCAAGUACUGUGACAUGACUCAUUCUGUGAAGAACCCUCAUGUGUAGUAGUGAUACUUCAAGUGUGUGGAUAUAUCAAUUCAGUAGUGAUUUAGUACACACACACACACACACACACACACACACACACACCACACACACACACACAAGCGCGCGCACACACCGCUCCAGUAGCUCAGUGGAUAAAAGCUCUGAGAUGCCAAGCUUCGCGGCCUGGCAGGCGGAGGUUCCAACCCCGCUCAGACUGGGAUUUUUUCGCUGAGAAGAAGUGGUUACUGUCCCCCCUUGAGCAAAGGAUAUGGGGUGUAUGGUGUGUGAAGGUCCCGGCAGUACCCCAGAGAUCGACUAUAAUGACCUUUCUUUUGUCGGGAGGGUACUUGCUGACGACUGCGAGUCCCAACUCGUGAUCAGGCAGUGGUGAAUUACUCACACACACACACACACACACACAUAAGCACACACACACACACACACACACACACACACACACACACACAUACACACACAUGCACACAUACGCACACACAAAAAAGGAAUUAGUCAUAACCCCCAAAUGUUUAAGAAGGUAACUAAGAAAAUGUAUCAUUCAAAUGGAUGAAAAUCAGGAAAAAAUCGUUCACUCUAAGACAAAUUGUGUUUAUAACAUGACUGACAUGUAGGUGAUAUGUUUUGUUUUUUGGUUUCAACAUUUACUGGCAUUAAGCAUUGCACAAAGCAAAGUAUUAGUGAUAAUCCUGCCUGGCCAACGAAAAAGCCCUCCCCUUCGGCCGCCGUGGACUCGCCUUGAACAGUGUUACACACAAGGCGCAACAUCCCCCGCCGUCCAACUGAGAGCACACCAGACAUGUACGAGCUCAAAGACUCUUAGAGGUCAUGGCAAUAGGCGUACCUAACAAUCACCAAAUGUUGGGUACAAACUUGGCGGAGGAACUUUUUUGGCAGCCAUAGCCGGUAACGGGCUAAAGAGUAGCCUAUCCAGAUAUUUUGUUUUUAUUUAUUAAUGAUCCACGAGACAGCCUAGAGUUAAAUCAAAGUAUGUUUUUAUCUUUGUAUUCAUUCAUACACACACUGGUAAUAUUUCUGUGGUGUCUGAUUCACUUGUUUGAGUGAAAUUCUAUUGAAUGAUGCAAGGCCCUAAAAUAAUAUCACAGGUAUUUUCA